UUGCCUCGUGAGAGGGCGACAGUAGUAGGAGCUUUUCCUUCAAUGUGCUACAUCCGGUCGUAGUAUCCGUGUGCGGCCAUAUGUAAUUGAACCUCAUUCAUUCGACUAGAGAAGGCGCUUUGCUUCUUUUACCGACGCCAAAAGAACGGGGUCUACGGGGUACCCUCCGCCCCGCCAUUCUCUCGGACGUUAAUCCGUUUAUGCCUCGGUGACGGUCCGUUAGAGGCUGCGUUGUGACGUCACGGAACAAUGCUCGAGCGACCAGAGACUGCGGUUCCCAGCAUCGCCCAGCGGAACCUGGAGGGCUAUGUGGGCUUCGCCAAUCUCCCCAACCAGGUGUAUCGGAAGUCUGUCAAAAGAGGGUUUGAGUUCACGCUGAUGGUUGUAGGUGAAUCUGGUCUGGGGAAGUCGACCCUCAUCAACUCUCUGUUCCUGACUGACCUGUAUUCCAAGGACUACCCUGGCCCCUCCCAGCGCAUCAAGAAGACUGUGCAGGUGGAGCAGUCCAAAGUGCUGGUGAAGGAAGGAGGAGUCCAGCUGACUCUCACCAUCGUGGACACCCCGGGCUUUGGAGACGCGGUGGAUAACAGCAACUGUUGGCAGCCAGUCAUAAACUACAUUGACAGCAAGUGCGAGGACUUCCUGAACGCCGAGUCGAGAGUGAACCGCAGGUCCAUGCCGGACAACAGAGUCCACUGCUGCCUGUACUUCAUAGCGCCCUCUGGACACGGUCUGAAGCCGCUGGACAUUGAGUUCAUGAAGAGACUCCAUGACAAAGUCAACGUCAUCCCGCUUAUUGCAAAAGCUGACACUCUGACCCCAGAGGAAUGCCAACUUUUUAAAAAACAGAUAAUGAAAGAGAUACAGGAGCAUAAAAUCAAAAUCUAUGAAUUCCCAGACACGGAGGACGCCGACGACAACAAGCUCAUCCGAAAGAUAAAGGAGAAGAUGCCGCUGGCAGUGGUCGGCAGUAACGUGGUGAUCGAGGUGAACGGCAAGAAGGUCAGAGGUCGCCAGUACCCGUGGGGCGUGGCAGAAGUGGAGAACGGAGAACACUGCGACUUCACGGUGCUGCGCAACAUGCUGAUCAGGACCCACAUGCAGGAUCUUAAGGACGUCACCAACAAUGUCCACUAUGAGAAUUACCGCAGUAAGAAACUCGCCGCUGUCACCUGUAAUGGGGUGGACACCUCCAAGACCAAGGGACAGCUCACAAGGAGUCCCCUGGCCCAGAUGGAGGAGGAGCGCAGGGAGCACGUGAUGAAGAUGAAGAAGAUGGAGGCAGAAAUGGAACAGGUCUUUGAGAUGAAGGUCAAGGAGAAGAAGCAGAAGCUGAGGGACUCGGAGGCCGAGCUGGAGCGACGCCACGAGCAGAUGAAGAGGAACUUGGAGGCGCAGUACAAAGAGCUGGAGGAGAAAAAGCGAGUGCAUGAGGACGAGAAGGCCAACUGGGAGGCUCAGCAGAGAAUCCUGGAGCAGCAGAAACUGGACGCCUCCAAGACGAUGGAGAAGAACAAAAAGAAAGGGAAGAUCUUUUGAAGAGGAGCGACCUGUUCCUUCAGUUUUACACAUGUGCUGUGGCCCUUCCAAAAUAUAUACACAAACAUAUAGAACAUUUAACACACACAAACACUAGGCCACUAACGACCAUGUUCUUGUCUCUCAGCAGGGUUGUACCAAAUUCAUUGAAACUAUUUUCAUUUUCACAGGAAACCCAUGUUUUUGUGAAAUUCUAUUUUCCUAAAUUUCCUGACAAAGAGGAGAAGCUGGAGUUCCUCUUAGCUACAGUACGGAGGUAACCUAACACAUGGCGGGGACCAUGCACGGCCAAUUUGUACUCAUGUAGUCCUUGUGUGUUAUCUAGAUAUACUCCCUAAAGCUGCAGGUAGAGGUAACAUCCUGUCCACGUCACGUUCUUUCUCUAAUGUUCUCAAAAAGUGUGCACACGGUAAAGCAGUUAUGAAGUCCAAAAGACCUCAUGAGAAGGGACAGUAUGUUUAAGUCACGCUGAUGGAGCAGAGCAUGUAGAAGCCAAGCAGGAAUGAGGCUGAAUGAUCACUUUGAAGCUAACCCGCCAACAUGCUAGCGCCAUUUAGUACUUCUAUUUUCUCAAAAAAAAAAAAAAUACAUACCGUUAAUUUGUCAUAACUGUCUGUAAAAAACAGUAGUCUCUUUAAUAAGAGUCAGAGAGAGGAGGUCAAUUCCAAAGGGACUAAUAAUAAUCCUUUCUAUUCUUCUGCGCUCCCUCAAAGGGGAACGCUGUCAGGACAGAUGCUAAUCGUCUACAGCAAAAAUGAGCUCUUUUAAGGGUCCAAACUGGAUGUGAAAAAGAAUCCCUUGUAAACCAUUUACCGUGUUGAAAAGUACCGCUUUAAUAUUUAAUGGCAAGGUUUACGUGUAGGAGCCGAUGUGUUCUCUUAAAGGGCCAGUAUGUAGCAAAUAGCAACCCGGUGGGUCAAUCAGCAGAAACCUGAAACCAGCUCUGAAUGAGCCCUCCGCACAGAGUCCACCAUGUUUCUACGGUAGCCUGAGCAGACAAACCGACACCCUGGCUCUGCAAAAAUACUUCUAUUAGGUCACCGUUGUUGUGGUUGCCAUCCAGAGGCUGAUGUUACUACAGUGUGGUAAAAGCGGGAGGAGUAAUGUUAUUGGUGACAAUAUGUCCCUUCACCAAAUCCUACACACUGUCCCUUUUAAAUGCUGCGCUUGAUGUCAGAGACGCCAUGUGAUCUGAGGGGGACAUUGUCAUUGCCGUGUGUGUUUCCUAUUCAAAGAGAAGACAUUAUGCAAAAGCUUCAUCAGUGUCUAAACCGUUGCGGCUCCCAGUGAUUACAAAGAUGUUUUAUAUUGUUAUUUAGGUGAUGGAUGUCUUCAUAGAUCUGAACCCUGAUGCCCAGCUCUUUUCUAAUAAUGUUCCCUUUUGUGUGACAUGGACAAUUCAUCAAAAAGCUUAAAUAUUACUGUGUCCCUCCCUUUUUCCCUGGACUCAACAAGAAAGAUACCAGUUUGGAGAAGUUUGCCAAUUCUGCCAAAGCUUUGUGUCUGACUCCCCCUUUCCAGUACUAUUACUCAUCUGUAAUAAGGCGCUGUGACACGUUGGAACCUUUCAUUUACCUUCCAAGUUUUAAUUCCAUGUAUUAAUAAUACUAUAUGUAAGGUCGAAGAAGAGCUCCUUAAAUCCUCCUUAAAAUGUAGUUUUCCUAAACGUAUUAUGUUAUUUUAGUGUAGUUUUCAGAUGGCCUGCAAAAUUCUGGAUGCAUUUAAAGCAAAAUGCUAAAGGGACAAAUAUUACCUGUAUGGAUUUGAUCAUAAUGGAAAUACUUAUACUGUGUUCAUAUUAGAGGCUGCUCAGUGGCCUUUUUCUUUUUGUCACAUUAUAAGCCAGGAAUUACAGAACUUGUACUCAAAAUUAUUAUGUAAAACUUGUCUUAAGAAUACACCAAUACAUUUACACACAUACCGUAUACAUCUAUGCCAAUGAGUACACUUUCUCAGGACCGCCCUGUUAUUAUAUAUUUUUUCCGUUGAGUCCAGAGUUAAAAAUAGGUGAUUUUUUUCUUUAAAAUGCUUGUGCAGCCCUUCCAAUAACGCCAAGUUAAGAUAAACAUGAGUUUAGGUGGACGUUUUUUGUAAUAUUUUCAUUUUUGUAACGUGUACACUGUUUACUGCUUCUCUUCUUUGUUCUCUAACUGUACAUUAUUAAUAUUAAAGUUGACAUGGUUAUGCUUUAA